GGCAGCUGAUCAGAGCACUUUCUUCCUUUUCCACUGAUCUCUUCUCUCUGGAUCUUGCAUGCUCAAGGUGGUGGAGAUAAAAAUACCUUUCCUUGCUUAUCAGAACCUAACAGAAGAAUCCAGACUUCUGAAAUCCUAGUGCACUGAUCCACAUCUCUAUCCAUUUCCCCAAAGUCCUAAAAUUAUGGCUAUGUUGCUAGCACCUACAUGGCUAAUUAUUUACCUUGGGCUACUGAGAUCUAUCCAAGCUGGUGCUUAUUAUGGGAUCAAGCAGAUGCCUCCUCAAGUGCCACAGUACCAACCCCUUGGGCAACAAGUACCUCACAUGCCAUUGGGUAAAGAUGGAGUGCCAAUGCAGCACAUGGGAAAGGAAGGGCCACACCUACCAUAUGGAAAAGAAUAUAUACCUCAGUAUAUAAAAGAAAUUCCACUGAUCCCCAUGCUUGGCAAGGAGAGGAUUUCAAAGAAAGAGAAAGAAAUGCCAUUAGCCAGCUUGAGAGGUGAACAGGGUCCUCCUGGGGAGCCUGGACCAAGAGGGCCUCCAGGACCUCCAGGGCUGCCAGGACAUGGAGUACCAGGAGCUAAAGGAAAACCAGGACCACAAGGAUACCCAGGAAUUGGAAAACCAGGCAUGCCUGGAAUGCCAGGAAAGCCAGGAGCAGUGGGGGCUCCAGGAUCAAGAGGGGAAAUGGGGCCAAAGGGGGAGAUUGGACCUAUGGGCAUUCCAGGACCCCAAGGACCACCAGGACCUCAUGGACUGCCUGGAAUAGGAAAACCAGGUGACAGAGGACUACCAGGACAACCAGGAGCAAAGGGUGAGCCAGGAAUGAAAGGGCAACCUGGGAUACAAGGCGCCCCAGGCCCCAAAGGAGAUAAAGGUGUUGGGAUUCCAGGAUUACCAGGGCUAAAAGGGCCACCUGGUUUACCUGGUCCCCCAGGUCCUGUUGGACUUCCUGGUAUAGGCAAACCAGGUAUGAUAGGGUUUCCAGGCCCUCAGGGAGCUGUUGGAAAGCCAGGACCUCCAGGGGAACCAGGGCCUCAGGGGUUAGCUGGGGCUCCUGGAAUUCAAGGUCCUCCUGGUCUUCCAGGUAUAGGGAAGCCAGGACAAAAUGGAAUCCCAGGACCAUCAGGCAUUCCAGGUGGGAAAGGUGAACAAGGCUUGCCAGGUUUACCAGGACCACCUGGUCCUCCUGGGAUUGGGAAGCCAGGUUUCCCUGGUCUUAAAGGUGAUCGAGGUAUGGGUGGUGCUCCAGGCCCACUGGGGCCAAAGGGUGAAAAAGGUCACAUGGGCCCACCUGGCAUGGGUGGGCCUCCAGGGGAACCAGGCCAACCAGGCCAACCUGGAUUAAUGGGCCCCUCAGGUAUGAUGGGAUUCCCAGGUCCAAAAGGAGAAGUUGGAGCUGUUGGGCCUCCAGGACCUAUUGGUCCCAAAGGUGACCUUGGUUUGCAGGGUUUCCCAGGGAAACCUGGUUUCCCAGGAGACGUAGGCCCUCCAGGUGUGAGAGGCUUGCCUGGUCCAAUUGGACCAAAAGGAGAAGCUGGGCACAAAGGUUUACCAGGUUUGCCUGGUGCUUAUGGGCUGAUGGGCCCCAAAGGAGAACCUGGAAACCCAGGAGCUCAAGGCCAUCAGGGCCCUGCUGGAAUCCCAGGUCUUGCAGGACCAAGUGGCCCAAUCGGACCUCCUGGACUACCUGGAGCUAAAGGUGAACGGGGUUUGCCAGGCCCACCAGGUUUUCCAGGAAUGGGGAAACCUGGCAUUGCAGGGAUGCCAGGACCCCCUGGAAAACCUGGAUCUCUUGGUGCUCCUGGCCAGCCAGGCCUUCAGGGACCUCCAGGACCACCUGGCCCCCCUGGCCCUCCAGGAAUAAUGCAACCUACACCACCAGAUAUGGGACAGUAUUUGCCUGAAGUGGGGCCAGGCCUUGAUGGAAUAAAGUCUCCAUAUGGCUAUAUGGGGAAGAAAAGCAAAAAUGGUGCUGGUGCUGCUGCUGCCGCCGCUGCCGCCACUACCUAUGAGAUGCCAGCUUUCACAGCUGAGCUCACCACUCCUUUUCCACGGGUGAGGGUUCCUGUGAUGUUUGACAAGCUCCUUUAUAACGGCAGGCAGAAUUAUAAUCCACAGACUGGUGUCUUUACCUGUGAAAUCCCCGGGAUCUACUACUUCGCUUACCACAUCCACUGCAAAGGGGGAAAUGUCUGGGUGGCGUUAUUUAAAAACAAUGAGCCUUUGAUGUACACUUACGACGAAUACAAGAAAGGCUUCCUGGACCAAGCUUCCGGAAGUGCUGUUGUCCAGCUCACACACGGUGACAGAGUUUACAUCCAGAUGCCAUCUGAACAGGCAGCCGGACUUUACGCUGGGCAAUACGUUCACUCGUCUUUCUCCGGAUAUUUAUUGUAUCCAAUGUAAACGACACACUCAGACAAAAUGAAAGCUCUUUUUCUGUGUUUCCAAAUCUAUACUAUUGAAAGGUGCAUUUAUUGGGGGUUUUUUGGACCAACAUGUACAAUAUUAAAAUAAAAUUACCAAUUCAAACAUUAUGUACAGCUUGUUGUAAAGAAAAACUGUUCAUAAGCCCAGGGUUAAUUGGCUUGCUGCUGUACAAUGAAUCUUUUCAACGUUUGUCUGCUUUUUUGUAUUAAAAGAAAUGUCAUGUCAGGGUCCACAUAAGAUGCUUACUGAACACUUGCUUCUAGGGCGAAACUUUCAUCUAAAGUGGAAGGUGAUAGACAAAGAAACAGAAGAAACAGAAGUUUAUUCUAAAAUAGUACUAUAAAGUUUUUUUUUAAACUGCACUGACUUAAAGAAGACUCAACAAUCUUAUGCCAAGUUCUCUUAGCCAAAGUUUCUAUUUUUAUGUGAAGUUUUUUUAUCUGCUCAUAUUGACAACAAUAGUAAAAAAGGACAAAUCUCAGUGUUAGAAAGCUAUUUAAUUAAUACCAAAUUGACUGAAAUCCAUGACACCAGGUUUUUUUCCCCAGCAAGCAAUAGGCCAUAUUUAUAGUUGCAAGAAUAUUUUUAAGUAUCCAGAUUGGUUUGUGGAAUAUUGUACAUCAAUGACUUAGAGGUAAAAGGGAUUGUAUACAAACCAAGUAAAGUUAGUACAACACAGAUAAACAGUUGGUGGAUAGUCACUUUUGCCUUCCAGAUUGACUUAUGGAUCACAGAAAAUAAAUAUAGAAAAUGGCAAAGUGCACCUGAAGUCAGGUAAGGUUGUGAUAUCUGACACACAAACACCCAAUGAAUGAUCCCUUUUCAUUUGGGAACCACUCCUGCAGGUUUUGGUCAUGAAAUGAUAGGGUAUAGAACAAAGCACUGGUUGUUUGAUAUGUUCAAAAUGGAAGCUGCUUAUUCAUUGUUCAUUUUCCUAUGUCGUUUUAACAAAUACUGGAAGAGAUGGCUAGCAAUGGCUGAGAAUAGCACAAUUCCUUUAGUUUUGCAUAUGGUGUGAUGCAUAUGGGUUGCAUGAAGGCAAUGCCAUAUAAUGAAAUAACUGUCUUCAAUCAAAACAUUGUUUAUGUUUUUUUCCUAAAUGCCUAUGUUGGCCUUUAAAUGCAUGCAGAUUAGAGAUUCUUAUGUAUGUGGGAGCAGCAAAAUAUUGUGGCUAUUAUUAUUUCAUCCUGAAGAAGGUCAAUCUAUCUGGUUGCUAAGAAUUAAUAUCAA